AUGAAAGUCGAUGAACGAGUCGCUAUUAUUGGUACGGGAUGUCGAUUUCCUGGGGGAUCCAAUUCGCCUCACGAACUGUGGGAGCUGUUAGUGAACCCAAGGGAUGUGGCCAGAAAGGUUCCGCCAGACCGUUUCAAUAUUGCUGCUUUUCAUCACCCCCAGAUGGGACAUCAUGGAACCACCGCGGCAUGGGAGUCGUACUUCCUGGAUGAGAAUAUCCAGCGUUUUGACGCAUCCUUCUUUAAUAUUUCCCCCACUGAGGCGGCUGCAAUGGACCCUCAGCAACGCCUCCUUCUGGAAACAGUAUAUGAAUCUCUGGAUCGGGCAGGCUUGCGACUGGAGGAACUCCAAGGCACUCAAACAGGCGUCUUUUGUGGACUUAUGCGACACGACUAUCAUCGUCUCCUCACGGCUGAUAUGGAGACAAACCCACCCUAUGCGUUGGCUGGCACAGCAGGCUCGGUCCUGGCCAAUCGUGUCUCUUAUUUCUUUGACUGGCACGGGCCUUCGAUCACGAUCGAUACAGCAUGUUCUUCCAGUCUGGUAGCUGUUCAUCUAGCGUGUGAAUCCCUGCGCAAAGGCGAGUGUUCGUUGGCGAUCGUUGGGGGUAGUAAUCUGUUAUUGAGCCCGGAUCCCUAUAUAUGGGAGUCGAAAAUGCAGCUUCUGUCCCCGACCAAUCGCUGCCAUAUGUGGGAUGCUAGUGCGGAUGGGUUUGCCUGUGGAGAAGGAGUGGCAUCCGUAGUGCUGAAGAGGUUAACUGACGCCCUCGCCGAUGGGGAUCACAUCGAGUGUGUUAUCCGGGCGACAGGAGUGAAUUCGGAUGGACGCAGUCCAGGCUUAACCAUGCCCAACAGCAAUGCACAGAGCGCCCUGAUCAUGGACACGUAUGCCCGUGCAGGACUUCACCCCAAGCAGAACCCUCACGAUCGCUGUCAGUUCUUCGAAGCCCAUGGUACAGGCACUAAGGCUGGUGACCCGCAAGAGGCAGCGGCCAUCCAGGAUGCGCUUUUCGGGUGCAAUAUGGAGGAAAACCAACCAAAUAAUGAAACAGUUUAUGUCGGUUCCAUUAAAACCAUUAUUGGCCAUACCGCUGGUGCUGCAGGGUUGGCGGGGGUUAUUCGUGCCUCGUUAGCUUUGCAGAAUGGUGUGGUCCCGCCCAACUUGCACUUUAACAGGGUGAGCGAUACUGUGGCACCGCAUACCACUCAUCUGGAGGUCCCAACUCGGGCGGUUCGAUGGCCUGAGCUACCUAGUGGCGUUCCUCGACGUGUAUCUGUGAACUCGUUUGGCUUUGGAGGAACCAAUGCACAUGCCAUACUGGAGAGCUUUGACCAAGCGAGUCGACAUCCCUCUACACAGGUUGAGCGGGUUCAUCAAUCCCAACAGGCCUUGCUCCCCAUAGUCUUUUCAGCAGCAUCUCAAUCCUCCCUGGCUGAUCUGCUAGAAGGAUAUGUCCAGUGGCUAUUUGAUAACCCAAACGUAGACCUACUGGGUUUGGCAUCAUCACUAUUGUUGCGCCGAUCAACUUUACGCUACCGGAAGGCUUUUAUUGCAGCUUCACCUGACGAACUACGGAUAAAGAUCCAGCAUGAGCUGAAGCGCAAUACUACAGACGCCCAAUGGGCUAUCAUGUCCCCGCCUAAGCGUGAAGGCGGAAACUGCAUUCUUGGCGUUUUCACCGGCCAAGGAGCACAGUGGCCACAGAUGGGCUUGGAGCUCAUCCAAAAUUGCCCACAAGCCCGUAUGCGAUUGCGUGAGCUGCAGCAGUCAUUAGAUGACCUGCCAAUAGAAUACCGUCCAGGAUUUACACUUUUAGAUGAAUUGUCUGCGCCAGAGAGCCAAUCUCGUCUUGGUGAAACCGCUCUAUCACUACCGCUACGAACAGCUCUUCAGAUCAUCCAGAUUGACCUGCUUCGUGCUCUUGGGAUCACUUUUAAUGCAGUAGUUGGGCAUUCAUCCGGGGAAAUUGCUGCAGUAUAUGCUGCAGGUAUCCUGAAUGCCACGGAUGCAAUCCGAGUCGCAUACCUUCGCGGUUUCGCUGUUAAGCAUGCCGCAUCUCGUGGAAAGAUGAUAGCAGUGAAUUUGACCGAGCAUCAAGCGAAUGCUAUCUGUUCACAGCCAAUGUGGAAAGGCCAGGUGGCGGUGGCAGCCUAUAAUUCACCGUCCAAUGUCACCCUGUCGGGUGACCCGGAGACGAUGGACGAACUUGUAUGGCUACUGAGGAGCCUUGAGCGACAUACCCACCCUCUGAAUACAGAUGCAGCAUAUCACUCACAUCAUAUGCAGCCAUGCGCAGGGCCCUAUCUGCAGGCCCUCAAAUCUUGCAAUGUAGGUGUGUCCUCACCAUCAUCGGUGCAAAUGUUCUCUAGCGUGUACAAAGGCUUGGUGGUGAAUAGCACAGAUUGCGCUUUGGACAGUACAUAUUGGUGUGAUAACAUGUUGCGUCCAGUUCUAUUCUCUCAGGCCAUUUCGACCUGUCUGGACCAGAUCCCGGAUAUUAAUUUAAUCAUCGAGGUCGGCCCCCACACUGCACUUCAAGGGUCGAUCAAACACAUUCUACAUGACACCCUUUCCGAGGGCUCCGUGGUACCCUAUAUUGGGCUGGCUCAUCGAGGGGAGGAUUCGAUUCAGUCCAUGGCUGCAGCGAUCGGUAGACUCUGGGCGUACCUUGGUAUGCGAGACCUGAAACUCCAGCAAUAUAUCCAACUAUUUGGACCAUUUCGAGAAUCAUGCUGCGUCCAGUCACUUCCAACGUACCCCUUCGAUCACCGUACAUCCUACUGGGCUGAACCGCGUCUCUCCCAGGCACGUCUACAUUGCCCUAUCCCACCACACCCACUACUCGGCGUGCUUAGUAGUGAAUGCGGUAGGGAUGAAUGGCGGUGGAGAAACUACCUCCACCUGGAGGAGAUCCCCUGGCUUACUGGCCACCGCAUCUUAUCAGAUAUCUCUUAUCCACCGAUGGGCUACAUUGCCAUGGCUGUGGAGGCAGCACAAGCUGCCUCCCGGUCAAAGCCCCUACAACUUGUCGAAAUUCAUUCGUUGAUCAUAGAGCGUACAAUCUCCAUUCCAGUAGAGGGGCCGGGCAUUGAAACCCUUUUCAAGAUGGAUAUUGAGUCUGCUGACAACGAUACAAUGACUGGAACAUUUCAGUGUCAGAUAAGCUGUGGUAAUGAAUUUCAGAAAUGUGCUUCUGGCAGGGUUAUCCUUGCACUGGGUGAAGCUAACCCGACAGUCCUACCGUCGAAGAGCAAAGGAAUGUCCAUAUCAUACCCGAUGAAUGUCGACAAGUUCUACAACCAGUUACAAAUUGUGGGCGGAAAUGUCUCCGAUAUAUUUCGGGGAAUAACUGAACUAACCCGACAAGAAGGUGGUAUGCAAGGGGUGGCCAAUGUUCCCUCCCAUGAUCAGCCCACUUUUCAUCCGGUCGUUAUGACUACAGCGUUGCAGGUACUCUGGGGAGCUAUGAUGUCAGAUGAAGGGCGACUAUCAGCAUUGCCUCUACCGGUACGGAUCGACUCGGUAACGAUCAACCCAUCCUGCUCCCAUUCUGGACAUGUCUGUCUGGAAGCCUCUAUUACCCGCACGGGUUCUGGGAGGAAUGGGUGCGGUGAUGUGCUCGUGUUCAACGGGCAAGGCGACGGCAUAGCCCAGCUAGAGGGUAUCCAUCUCACUCUCUCGAAGCCCAAGAAUAGUAGUGAUGAUCAAGCCCUGGCUUUCGGGACUACUGUGUGGGGGCCGCUGAAUCCAGACCCCAGCAUUGGCUAUCCCAAGAACCUGCCAUAUAAUCUCUCAAUCCAGAAUCUACAGGCUCGUCUAGCUGUGUUAUAUCUUCGAGAUGCUCAAGCUGGUCUCACUGCACAGGAUCGCGAGCGGCUUGUCUCGCAUCGCAGGCACUAUGUCGCAUGGAUGGAUUCCACAUUGUCCAAGAUUCGUGAUGGCGUACAUCCCCAUUAUCCACGAGACUGGCUUCUAGGGACCAUAGGUGAACUUGACUCGCAAACAACAUCUCACGAGACCCUUAUCCAUGUCACGCAUAUAGUAGGGCAAAACCUCCUUCAGUUCCUGUCCGGCGGAGAAGAAACAAUACUCCUGAAACUACGCGACAAUAACAUCGAUCUCCUGACCCGAUACUACCAGGAUGAUGAGGCAAUGCGUAUCAUGAGUGACAGUCUGGGCAAGGUGGUCAGUCAAAUUGUGUUCCGUAAUCCUCAACUACACGUCCUCGAGGUUGGUGCUGGGACAGGAUCUGCUACUCGAGCUAUAUUGUCUUCUAUCGGUCGGAACUACCAUUCCUAUACAUAUACGGAUAUCUCACCAGCCUUCUUUGAGGGCGCAUCGGCAGCAUUCCAUACCCAUGAAGAUCGUUUCAUCUACAAGGUGCUCGAUGUUGAAUGUGACGUGACUGAUCAAGGUUUCUCCAUGCAUAGCUACGAUGUCGUUAUCGCAAGCAAUGUGCUGCAUGCUACUCGGUCCCUGCGUCGCACGCUGAUGAACAUAAGAAAGCUCAUCAAACCAUCAGGCUAUCUUGUGCUCCUGGAAGGUACAGAUCCCGAUCGAGUUCCGACUCCCUUUAUCUUCGGUGCAUUUGAAGGCUGGUGGCUGGGUGAGGACGACGGACGAUCUGGAGGACCAUUGAUCCGACGUGAAGAAUGGGACGUCUUGUUACAGUGUACUGGAUUCGGUAGAUGUACUUCAUAUACACCAACCAAUCAAGCCAACUUGUAUGGUAUGUCUGUGAUAGUGUCACAGCCUACUGAUAUGCCAGCAAUCCCCGUGAUAGAGAUGGAUUUGCUGCUGGUAGGUGGUAGUACGGAAACUACAAGGCAGAUUAUACUGGACUUAAAGACGAUCCUCCGCGACUCGUUCGUUCAAAUAUCCUCCUGCCUGAGUGUGGAUGAUUUUACACCUGGCCCAGGGAUUUCUCAGCUUGCUAUACUCUGUCUUGCUGAGCUUGACCACCACUCUGAGGAGACAAGAUGGCAAUGGCAGGAUAUGCGCUUGAUGAUGACGGCAGCAAGCUGUCUACUAUGGGUUUCCCCGGCGGACGACCCGCAUUCCGGUGUAAGCAAAGGUCUUCUUCGAUCACUUGCACUGGACUCCUCGUCCGGCCUAUUGCAACACCUUACCGUCAUCGAUUCGACACCUAUUGGAGCUGAAAUGCUCGCUACCACAUUAAUGAAUCUUGUCCGGACAAAGCAAGAAGGCAUGGGGCGACCUGAGAUUGAACUAGGAUGGGGCGAGGGAAUACUGAACAUUCCGCGUAUUGUGCGUGAUCCAACCAUCACUCAACGACUACUCGCUAGCCGUAGUCCUUGCGUGUUUAAUUUGGUAGAUGUCCGGGAGCAAGCUGUUUGCCGGCUAGUCUCGACGGAGGGUUCACAGAAAGAAAAGGUAGAUGUGUAUUUGACGGAUCCAAAGAAUGCCACCACUUCUGCGGCAAAGCUAUUCUCAAAUGAGUCCAUCGUUCAGUAUCAAGUACAUUAUUGUACACAGGCUGCACUAACAAUAACGGAGAAAUGUUCCCUUUUUCUGAUCGUCGGACAGAAUGUGUUCAAUGGUGCGCGACAGCUCGCCCUCUCAAUCUCUCAUGGUUCCAUAAUCUCGACACCGUUGUCUUGGGCCUGGGAUGUCCCAGCCUCUGUUUCCACUGAUAAUGAACCAAAACUACUAGCCGCUGUCGCAGCUACUAUUUUAGCUUUCGCGAUCGCCGAUCUCGCUGGUCCGUCUUCAACACUUUGGGUACAUGAAGCACAGGCAAUGGGGCCGACAUUCAUGGAUGCGCUGGUGUCUGCUGUGUCUGAUAGACAGGACAUCAAGAAUCUUACCUUGACUACAUCACAAUGUGGGCUGUCUGAUACCCGUGUGCACUUCGUUCAUCCGCACAGCUCCACAAAAACCCUGUCCAGCGUGCUACCCCGGAAUGUCUCGUCUGCGGUCCUGUUCGAUGAUGGACGACUUUCUCGGCGAUCAAGACUAGUGCUACCUCGCUGUGCUAACUUCCGGAGCUUUUCAGACUUCUUUCGACCCUCCUCCAUUAUAGAAGAGAUAGACAUACAGUCCGUUGCUACUAUAUUGAAUAGUGCCUGUGCUUUUGUCACCCGUAAAGGGUACGAGAAAGGAAGCUCGCCCCGCAUUAUCUCUCCUAGAGAACAAUCAUCAGUGGACUCUCUGGAGGUGGUUAACUGGCGGCAGCCGACAUGGAUUGAAGCACAGAUCCUCCCUGCUAGCUCACUGGUCAGUCUCUCGCCGACGAUGGCGUAUGUCGUUGUUAAUAUGAACCACAAAUUGCGUCGACUAGUGCUCGACUUCUUGGUUCGACAAGGUGCCAGACAUAUUGUUUGGGUUGGCGAAUGGUCAGAUGAAGAUUUCGCAUGGAUCGCCCAGCUCUCGAGAGAUGAAGUGCAUGUGGCUGUAGUACAGAUGUGGGCUUUCUUGUCUUCAAUAUCCGAUUUAUACGAUCAACUAACAUCUACCAGGAAAGCCGAAAUUCCGAUCAGUAGUCUUCAAACAUAUAUGCCAAUAGGUGGAAUCAUUUAUGACGGGCUGAAGGACAGCCCACAACAGGCGGCUGAGAAUACUCUGCUGCUGGAUGAGCUCUGCGGUAAUGAUGCCACAUUUUUCAUUCUGGUGGGAUCCCUGCUGGGACACAUUGGUUUUACAGACAGUAACUCCUUCAUUGGAAGCACCACUGGGGUCCUAUCUGGUGUCAUUUCCCGACGACGACAAAGAGGCUACGUGGGGAGUGUACUUUAUUUGGGCGAGCAAAAUGCAGUGGAAGACAUCACGCUCUCAGCCGGUGAUAUACGUGAGGCCUUCUCAGAAGCAAUCCUUCUUGGACCACCAGAGUCCACCAGCAAUGGAGAAAUCUUGGCAGGUCUUCGCAACAGUGAGAAGUGGGAGUUGGUACCUAAGUUGUCCGCCUGGAAUGAGUCCAAAACUCUACUAGAAUCCGACGACAAAAGCCAAUCUGCAGGGCAGGGCCAGGCCCAUGAUACGGAUGCCGUCACCCAGCUCAAAUUAGCAACGAGCGUGGCGGAAGCAAGAGAGAUUAUCCUCCAGCUUUUCAAGGAGAAGCUGCGCAGGAAGUUGGGACUCUCUUCUGAUGUCCCGCUUAGACGUGAAACGCUCUUACAUGAACUAGGAAUUGACUCACUCGUGGCAGUAGAUAUUCACAUCUGGUUUGCGAGAGAGUUGGGGGCUAAGAUUCCAGUGGUGCAGAUUAUGGGCGCUGGUUCGAUCGGUUCUAUGGUUGAUGAGGUCGUGAAACGCAGGAAUGGCUUUACAUAA